AUGGAGAACAACAAUUUCCCAAUAGCACUGAGAUUCCGACCAACUAAAAAGGAGAAGUUAGCUUAUCUCCUCUACAAAGUCAACGGCAAACAAUUGCCAUGCAACAACUCCACCUUCGUCGCCACCAUCGACGACUUCUACGGCGAACACGAGCCGUGGAAUAUAUUCAAGGGUCUCGCGGAUCACGACAGAAAGCAGCCCAUUGGAUUGUUGAAAAGGUUCAAUUGCUUUAAGACCCGCGAGAAACGGGGGUGGAUCUUGGAAGAAUACACUCUUGCCGAUAAGUUCAAGUGUUGUGCUAAAGACGAGUACAAGGAUUACGCGUUUUGCACGGUUAAGAAAGUUGCCCGGGGAGAUUUUGAUACGGGUGAUAUUGGAAGUUUGGAGGUUUUUUUCGACCAAAUGUUGAGACGGAACAAUAUUUCGAGUAGGUGCCCUAAAAGAUUCGGAAUUGAUACGAUUAUGAAUUUUCCAUAG